AUGCGUAUCGCAGUGGCUAUUGGGUUGCUUGCUGCCCUUCCUAGUGUUGUAGCUUCCAAUCAUAGAUCAUAUCAUCAUCACGAAGCCCACAAGCGCUCCACAGGCGGCGAGUAUGAUUAUGUUGUUGUUGGCUCUGGGCCUGGAGGGGGUCCAUUGGCUGCUAGACUGGCUAUCGCAGGGUAUAGCGUCUUGCUUUUGGAUGCAGGAGAUGAUCAAGGCAAUGCUACUAUCCAGCAGGUCCCUGCUCUACAACUGCAGUCAACUGAAUAUGAGCCAAUGAAGUGGGACUAUUUCGUUAACCACUACUCAAACCUGACCCGGCAAGAAGAAGACUCUAAAAUGACAUACCGAACCCCUUCUGGUGAUCUUCAUGUUGGUAAAAACGCACCCAUCGGCUCUGAACCCCUGGGUAUUCUGUACCCUCGGGCAGGUACCUUGGGCGGGUGCUCGACACACAACGCCAUGAUCACAAUUUACCCAUACGAAAAUGAUUGGGAAAACUUGGCUAGCCUCACCGGCAAUAGCUCUUGGUCUGCAACAAACAUGCGUCAAUAUUUUGAGAGGCUCGAACGCAACCGAUAUCUGCCCAGCAGCCUGGUUGGUCACGGAUUUGAUGGAUGGCUCACAACUAGUCUCACUGACCUGCGUCUUGUCAUUGAGGACCAGAAGCUCUUGUCCCUGAUUCUGGCCGGUGCGACUGCUGCGGGUCAAAGUUUGCUGGGAAAAUUGGUCACCACUGUUACCGGCCUCGCCGGGGUGCUGUUGCGUGAUCUCAACAAUCCCCUUCCAUCGCGUGACUAUGAUGAGGGACCCUACCAAGUCCCCCUUGCUGUGGAUGUCCCCGAUUACAAGCGAACGGGCCCUCGCGAUUUUGUCGUCAAGACUGCGAAUGCGAUCAACUCGGAUGGAUCUCGUAAAUACCAUCUCGAUAUACAGUUGAACACAUUGGUUACCAAGGUCGUAUUUGAUACCACUGGCCCCAAGCCCAGAGCCACGGGAGUUGAGUACCUUCGAGGUCAGAGUCUUUAUCGCGCAGAUCCUCGGGCAUCUCAGACAUCAUCCUCUACUGGCACACCGGGGAGCGUGAACGUGGCGCGGGAAGUUAUUCUCUCUGCUGGCUCAUUCAACACUCCGCAGUUGCUGAAGCUUAGCGGAAUCGGCCCUCAAGAGGAACUGUCCCAGUUUGGAAUUGCUACCUUGGUCGAUCUGCCUGGAGUGGGAUCCAAUCUUCAGGAUCGGUAUGAGACUGGCGUCGUUGGCAAGUCACCCACGGACUUUGUUCUCACCUCCAAGUGCACAUUCAUGUAUACCCUCCCAGAUCCGUGCCUAGAACAAUGGGAGAGCGACUCCCUGUUCAAAGGCACAUACGGUACUAAUGGUAUCGCUAUCGCGAUCAUUCGGAAGUCGUCUGUUGCCGAGGAUGAGCCCGAUCUUUUGAUCUCGGGAGCACCUGCCAACUUCCCGGGUUAUUACCCAAACUACGCCUACGAGGGCCUCAAGGAUGCUCAACAUUGGACGUGGAUCACACUGAAGUCCCGCAGCCGCAACAACGCUGGCACGGUGAAGCUUCGGUCCACCAACCCUCGGGACAUGCCCGUUAUAAACUUCAAUUCCUUUGACACGGGCGUCACUGCGAAUGAGGCCGAUGAGAAAGACUUGCAGGCUGUGUAUGAAGGUAUGCAGUUUUCCCGCACAAUCUAUGAGAACCUCAUUCCUCUUGAUGGAGACUUUGAAGAAGUUUGGCCAGGACCCAACGUGACUAGUGAGUCUGAGCUGAAGGACUUCAUCAAGCGUGAGGCCUGGGGUCAUCAUGCGUGCUGUACUGCUGCCAUUGGAGAAGAUGGCGACGCCCAGGCUGUUCUGGACUCCGACUUCCGGGUUCGUGGAACCAAUGGUCUCCGUGUUGUUGAUGCCUCGAUCUUCCCCAAGAUCCCCGGUUAUUACAUUGCUCUGCCAAUCUACAUGAUUAGUGAAAAAGCCGCUGAGGUUAUCAUUGCUGAUGCCCAAUAA